AUGCUCUCUUCGACUUCAUCGUCCCCCACCCCAGGAAGUCCUCAGACGCCAGCAGGAGGUACCGGGAUAGCCAGGAACAGUAUAUCAGCAAUGCCGGAGCUAUCACCACCCGGGUCUCACGGACCUGCGACUCGAGAAGUAGCCAUGACGGGCUUUAACGAGAAUCUCAAGGACUCCGCGCCAUUAACUAGCAUCUCUGAGAAAAACGACGAGGAAGCCGAAGAUUCUACGAGUAAUUUGCCAGCAGUACUGCGAGAGGAACCCGGCGCAUCGUGGAUGAACAAGAAGGCGGACGAAGAAGCGAAGAGGGCACUCGAGUUCGUUGUAGACAAGGACUUCAGCCUCAGAGAGUUUGGUGACCCGUUUGAUGAUAGAGGUGUAAGCCGAUGGAAGACGAAAUGA